CGAUCGCAUGUCUCGUCUGGCGCGGCUGUGCUGCCGUGCGCUGGGUGAACGAGGGUUCUCCAUUGGCAUUGAAGAUGUAACGCCAUCCCUGGACCUGUCCAAUUCCGUAUCUGAUAUGUGUGGGACUGGAUAUGUCGAGUGUGACCAAUACAUCCAGGACUUUAAGGAGAACAAACUACGUCUCUUGCCUGGGUGUUCGGCUGAGGAGAGUCUGGAGGCCGAGGUUUCGCGGGUGCUGAACAAGCUACGCGAGAAAGCAGGCAAGCUGUGUCUGGCUGGGCUGAUGCGGUACAACGCCCCAAUGGCCAUGACUAACUGUGGGUCUAAAGGGUCGGAGAAUAACAUAGCCCAGAUGAUCGCGUGUGUGGGGAAUCAGAUGGUCAACGGUGCGCGUAUACCUGAUGGCUUUGAGAGCCGGUCACUGCCGCACUUCGAGCGCUUUUCCAAAACACCCCAGGCGAAAGGGUUUGUGCGUAACUCGUUCUACACGGGAUUAGAGCCCACAGAGUUUUUCUUCCACGCCAUGGCCGGGCGUGAGGGUCUGGUAGAUACCGCUGUCAAGACGGCCAACACGGGAUAUAUGCAGAGACGGUAG